AAGGUUUUUCAAUUUUCUUUGCCAACCAUCUCUCUCUCUCUUCCACCCUUUCUCCCAUUUGUGAAGUGCUUAGAAGAGGAAAGUCAUCUAGCUAGCAAAGGCUUUGGUUAGCUUAACUUCUUAGGCUUUUCCUUACAUAAGUUCAUACAACUUGUCCCUGAACUAGAGACAUGGAGAUCAAUGAGUUAGCAGCUGCAGGGGAAGCGAAGGCCGGGCUUUUCGAGCGAUGGUGGGGCUGGCUUAAGGCCUUGCCGGGGAAGUUCAAUACCAAGGUUGUCAAAGUUGUAAAGGGCACUAUAAAGCUAGGCAGAGAUGACCCAAGAAGAGUCAUUCACUCUCUAAAAGUGGCUCUGGCUCUCACAUUGGUGUCCUUAUUGUACUACUGGAGAGCCCUUUUCGAUGAUUUCGGGGUUGCUGGAAUCUGGGCUGUUCUAACAGUGGUAGUGGUGUUUGAAUUCACUGUAGGUGCAACCCUCAGCAAAAGUUUAAAUAGAGGUUUUGCAACAUUACUGGCUGGUGCUCUAGGCGUUGGAGCCCAACACUUAGCUAGUCUCUUUGGAGAGAAAGGAGAACCUAUUGUGCUUGGGAUCUUUGUCUUCCUGCUAGCUGCAGCAUCUACAUUCUCUCGGUUCUUCCCAAGGAUCAAGGCCAGAUAUGACUAUGGAGUGUUGAUAUUCAUCUUGACAUUUAGUAUGGUAACCAUAUCGGGGUAUCGUGUUGAAGAGCUCUUGGAAAUGGCUCAUGAAAGACUCCUGACAAUCAUAAUAGGUGGAGGAACUUGCAUGAUCAUAUCAGUUUUUCUUUGUCCAGUAUGGGCUGGCGAAGAUCUGCACAAGCUGAUAGCUUCCAAUACAGAAAAGCUUGCAAACUGCCUAGAAGGAUUUGGAGGUGAAUAUUUUCAAACACCUAAGGAUGGAAAUUGUGGCAUGGUCCCCAAAAAUGAGGACUCAUUUCUUCAAGGAUAUAAGAGUGUCCUCAACUCGAAAACCACUGAAGAAUCCUUGGCAAAUUUUGCAGCAUGGGAACCAGGACAUGGCCGUUUUAAAUUUCGCCAUCCAUGGAAGCAAUACUUGAAGAUAGGUGCUCUUGCCCGGCAAUGCGCCUACCAGAUCGAAACUCUAAAUGGCCACGUCAACUCAAAUGUACAAGUUCCACCAGAAUUUUUACAGAUAAUUCAAGACUCCUGCAGAACAAUGAGUAUUGAGACUGGAAAGGCCCUAAAAGCAUUAGCCAUAGCAAUCAAAACCAUGAAGGAACCAAAACAUGCUUGUGAACAUUUGGAGAAGUCCAAAACUGCAGUCAAAGACCUCAAAACUGCUCUGAAAGCUGCAUCAUUGGAAAAUGCAGACAUCCUUGCAAUUGUGCCAGCUGCAGCAGUUGCCUCAAUUCUUGUUGAGAUUGUCAAAGGUGCAGAAAAAAUUUCCAAAUCAGUUCAUGAGCUUUCUGAACUGGCACGUUUCAAAAAAGUAGUGGAGCCCACUGUUUCAGCAGAGAAGCCACAGUUACUUCACAGGGGAAGUGUAAAUCCUGUGCUUUUAGAUGGUGAAAGUGCCCAUGUUAUAAUCACAGUACAGGAAAUAUUAAACAUGGCACCUAAAGGCCCAGAACCAAAGUGAGGAAGUGUAAAUAUUUUGUUACUCUGACAUGUAAUUGGGUUGAAAAUACUCAACUUGUAUACUUUUAUUUGUUGAGUAUGAUGAUCAACUCUGUUGUAAUUUCACAAAAGAAAUUGUGGGAUUUUCAUGGGGAAGGCAUAUUAUCAAUAUUUCCCCAUUUUUGUAUUCAAUCUUUUGUAACAAAAG